AAUCAACAAGUUUACUUGUGUCGAUAAGUUUCAAAACAUAUUAGUGACCUUGACAAAAAUAGAAUUAUGAUAAAUUUAAAUUCUGAAUACAAGCUUAAUAAAAUAUCAUUUUAAAUAAGUCUAGUGUUAUUAAAAAAUAUGAUAUUUGAGUUAUUCAUUUAUUCAUGUGACAAACUCUUCUUGAUUUAAGAAAUAAUAAAAAAAUGUAUUUUGUUGUUGAAAAAAAUGUGAAAUUUUGUCGCAUGUGACAACCCUAAAUUUUAUUCUGAUAAGGAAAAUAAUUAUCGUGAGUAAUAAAGUGAAUUUCAAAGUUUAAAAAAUAAUUCGAAUUGUUUAAUAAAUGUGCUAAUAAAAUGGCGGAAAAUAAACACAAAUUUGAAGUUGAUUCUGUAGCCAAAGCACUUAAGCUUCUAUUGAAAACAUUUUUAAGUAAACGUUCAUCAAAUGAUGUUAUACAAAAGUACUAUUUCACAAUAAAAAGCCAAUUUAAUGAAGAAAUCAAAGAGUCGUCAUUUUCAUAUUAUAUGAAUAAAUCAACACCAAUUAUAGUCGCAUUUAAAUCAAAUGUAGAUAAUAAUCAUGCCUUCAUAUUUUGGAGAACUUCCAGCUCAGGGGCCUUUAAAAGUCUCAAUAUUUCCAAAGAUCCAAGUUAUUUUAUCACGGAUUUCUGUUUGGAUCUUUUGGAUAGUGAAAUAAAAAAUGGCAGAGAUGGAAUUUUGAAAAAAUUUGAGCAUCGAAAGCUGUUCGAUCUUAAACACAUUGGAAAUGAACUUGGACAAAAUCUUUUGAUUAAAGCUGCAUCAAAAUGUCAAAAUGAAGUCAUAGAAAAUCUCUUGGCACAUAAUUUUGAUGUUGACAGCAUGGACAACGAUGGCUGCAAUGCAAUAGAAAGAGCAUGGGAGUUUUAUGAUAAAAAUGAUGAUAAUAAUAAGCACAAAACUGAUAAUGUUAUGCUAACCCUACUGCAUGCUAAUUCAAAAUUACCUAGAAAUCAUUAUUCAGUAAGCAAUAAGGUAAAAAAUAUUAAGAAAAUUCAAUUUGAACCAAGACUGGCACCAAGGAAAGUUAAAAAGUUUGUUAAUAUGUGUGAAGAUUUACAUGAGCUUGCAGAUUCUUCGGAAAUAAUGGAAAUUGAAAAAAUCAUAAAUGAGGAACCAAAUUUGAAAUAUUUCUAUGAUAAAAAUAAUAAAUCUCUAAUGGCUCAUGCUUUAUCAAACAACAAAAUUGAUGUUUGCAAGUUAUUAGUGUCACUAAAAGUAUCAAUUGCACAUCAUGAAGUAGCUAGCCUUAAUAAACUUUAUAAAACUCUCGAAGAUGAUGAUAAAUUAGAUUUGCAGACAGAACAUCGCGUUCAUGCAAUAGAACUUCCAAAAUUGCAUGUUUACACAUUACUAAUGAGAUCGAAAAUUGGAAGAAAUGACCGGCAGCACGAUGAUCGUUGGGCUUAUGUUGAGGAUGCUUUUAGAAUCAUAGAUGCAAAUGACACUUGCUCAAAAAUUUUUAAAAUUGCUGCGAUUUUCCAAAACUUUACAAUUUAUUUUGAAUUUGAAAACGAGGUCAUUUAUUAUCUUGAUCCAAUGAGUAAUUCAGGAGGUUUGGGAAAAAUUUAUGGUGAUCAUUCUGUAUAUAUUGGAGCGAAAAAUCUGAUCGAUGAUAAUAGAAAGUACGAAGUUAUGGGAGCAAUUAUUCAUGAAUUGUGUCAUUUUGCAGUUUUAAUUACAUACCUUAACGAUUAUAAUCCAUAUCCGAUUGGUGAAUCUAAGGAAAAGAAACUUUUUACAGAAGCAGUUCAAGAAUGCAUUGAAAAUAGAGAAGUUGAAGAAGAUAUUGUAGGCAGUGUAAUGGACUACCCAGAAUAUCAACGUGAUUCUGAAUUCAUCGUUAGAGUUGUUCAAAUGGUAAUGCAUUAUUAUAUCGGCGAUGCAAAAAAUGCAAUUAGAAAUACAGAAGCGCUGAACGAGCGUAAAGACAAAUUUAAGAAGCUGUUUAAAUAUUUCGAGGAAGUUGUUGAAAAAGAUUUUGAUGAGCUGCUGAAAAUUUUCGAGAAAUUACUUGAUGUCAAGCAAACUAUAACUUUUGAUGAGCUAACAAGACCAUUUAAAAAGAGAAUCUUAUAUUCAGACAUUAAUUUUCAAGGACAAAAGACAAAUUUCAAUGAUUUAAUUGGAGACGAUGAUGACAUUUUGAAAUUAAUGACUCCGCAGCAAAUUCGAGGAAUGUUAGUUGAUGGUCGGCACAUUCCAGUAGCACAAGACACAAAUGAAUAUUUUGAGACAUCAGACAGAACUUUUACAGAUUAUAAUACAGACUUGAGCUUAAAAAUAAAGGAAGAUAUCAAGAAUUCAGAUGAUAUCAUAGAAGAGAUUCAAGAAUCUAAAAUUUUUAUUCUUGCCGACACUGCUGGUGCUGGAAAAACAACAUCAUUUAAAAAUUUAUUUCUAAAGUUGAAGGAAAAUUACAAAAACUUUUGGGUUUGUCUGAUUGAACUCAGAAAGUUCCAACAUAUCUUUGAAGUGUACAACAAAAUUCACGAAAAAGAAUUGACUAUUGAGAAAGUUUUGGAAAUGAUCAUCAAAAUGCUUAACUUUGAUUCUAGUGAACCGUCUUUAGAAACAAAACUUUUCGAAAAAUUAUUUUUUAAUGACAAAGUAAUUUUUCUUUUUGAUGCAGUCGAUGAAAUCAGCCCAUAUUUCAACAAAUUUAUUAUAAAUGUUCUUCAGAAAAUUCAAGAAUCAACUCAUAAUCAAAUUCUUGUCUCUACAAGACCACAACAUGCAAAACAGUUGAGUGAAAGUCUUAAAGCUAAACCAUUUAAGCUUGUUCCUUUCUCUUGGAAAGAAAAGGAAAGUUUCAUCCUAGAAAUGUUGAAAGAUUCUGAAACAUAUGAUGAAAGUAAGGAACAAGAAGUUCUUAAUGACUUCAAUAUCUUCUUUAAAUCUAUUAAAAACAUUGGAUAUUUCAAUUAUGACAUUGACAAUCCAUUAAUGGUAAAAAUAAUUACUGAACUUUACAUUAUUGGACAAAUUGAUUUAAAGAAUCAAUCGCUUGAUCUUUAUGAAAUAUUCGAAAAAAUCGAAUUUAGUCAUAAGAAACAAGUUGAUUCCAAAGUUGCUUUUGAGGAUCGCGAUCCAUUCAGUACAAUUUCUCUUGAAUCAGUUCAUCAAGCUUUAGCACUUUUAUUGUUAUCUUCUUCAAUUAAAACGGAACUUUAUCAAACCUACAUUAUUAAAAGUUGGAAUGAAAACAAAAAAGGUUUAACAGACGAAAAAAUCCAAAGGUAUGGAUUUGUAAGAAUUGGACGAGAUUUUAAAGAAAAUGACGAAUUUGCUUUAGAUUUUACUCAUAGGACUUACGCUGAGUUUUUCGUUGCGAAAUUUAUUUUAACGUUUCUGUUUAAAAUUGAAGAUUUUAUAAAAGAUGAAGAACUAGAAAAAGUUAUUAAAGUCAUUAAAAUAUUUGUUAAUAAUGAUACAAUUGAAAAUAUAUUUGGAUUUAUCAUGUGUUACAUGAAAAACAAUGCAGAAGGACGUAAUUUUAUUCUUAAAAAGUUAAUUUUAAAAGAAUUUCAUGAAAUUAAAAAUGAAUUAUUUUUCGAUCCAAAUGAUGAGCAGCUGCUCUUUUUAAAAUUCUUUUCGGUAUUUUUUAUAAGAGAACAAGCAGUUUUGAAUGAUUUUUGGCUUCUUAAUAGAGAACAAAAUAUGCUGCGAAUGAUUUUAAUAGAGACCAAUAUUUUGGGAUAUUUUAAACUUCAAAACUUAAUAGAGACAUUGUCAAUUUCAUUUGGUCCAAAUUGGCAUGAAAGAUUUAAUAGCAGUGGACGAAAAUUGAUAAAAAAUGAAGAAAUUAAAGAAAUUGAAGGCAAUGAAAACUUUUUUAACAAACAAUUUAACAAAAAUUUAUUUAAAUUUUUAGAUUAUUUUGAAAACAAUUUCACAAAUCAUGAAAAGGUUACAAUUUGUAAAAAUGGAGUGUUUGUAUAUGAAAAUGUCGAGUUGAUAGAGAUUAAUUUAAUGAAAAAGAUGCUUUCAAUUUAUUCUGAAUUAUCAAAAAAGAAUAAUCAAAUUUUAAUUGACAUUUUGAUUGCGUUUAUAAAAUACACAGCCAAUGAAGAAAUUUUGAUGUAUUUAGCAGAAAACAUUGAAGAACUUUUAAACAAGAAUAAAGAAAGUAUAAGAGAAGUUUUAUUUUAUGAUUAUGAAAGAGAACAACAUCCACUUUUCAAGGCAGUCAAAUUUAAAAACUCGGAAAUUUUUCAAAAAUUUAAAACUAUUUUUAAAACUUAUCAACUUUCAAAUGACGACUUAAAAAACAUUUUUGUUAAAGAUAAUAAUUUACUAUACCUGACAUUACUUACACCUAAUAAGAUGUUCGAUCAAAUUUCAACAUUUGUAAAUGAAAUUUAUGGAUCAGAUUACGUUAACCUUGUUCAAAGCUUUGAACCUCGAACAGAUUUGAAAGUGUUAAGCUUAGUUUUUGAAGAUAAAAGGAAGUUCAAUUCUGUUAAGAAAUUUAUAUUAAAAUGCUAUAAGAAUAAUGAAAGUAAAACAAAACUUGUUUUAAAACACUUAUUGACUUAUGGACAUUUGUCAUUCUGUGCACCAUUGUUGCCUGCAAUAAGAAAACGAAAUGUUGCUCAAUUUAAAAGCAAUCUUGAAAUUUAUAAUAACUUUGGAAUAUCGUGGAAAAAUGUUACAAAUUUGAACAUAAUUAUUAAUAUAUCAAUGGAAUUAUUUUUAAAUAUGACCAAAGAAACUUAUGAAGAAUAUAAAAAGUUCCUUAUUACACUUUACAACGAAAAUAAAGGACAUAUUGAAGAACCUAAAGUUUUCCAUACAUUUAGAUUUUUAGGAAUUUCACCAACUACUAAAUUCUUCUUAAAUUUAUCGACGAACCUAAUUGCAAAAUGUGUUUAUCAAUUCAAAUUAGAACUUUUAUGGAAUGAAGAAAAAUUCCAUUAUUUUGAAAAAUUUUUAUUUGAAUAUUUUGAAGAUAACGAAGAUCAAGCUAAAGAAAUCAUAAAUGUUAUGCUGUUUUGUAAAGAAUAUUCGGUUGUUGAUUGUUUUCAUCCAUUGAUAAGGCCGACAGAAAAAUCAAAUCCUUAUGAAUUCAACAGAAUCAUAAACUUGUACAAAAAGUAUAAAACUUCAGAUGAUCAACUAAGCGAGAUGUUAAAAUCUUCAAAUAUUUUCUGCACUAUGUUAAACAUGAUGUCGAACGAGAUUUAUCCUGCAUUUUUAAAAUUAAUCCAAAAUACUUUUGGCCAAAACAAAGAACAACUACUGGAAUGCAUCAAUAAUAUGGUCAUUUACAAUGUCAUUGCUAUAAGAGAAAGAUUUAUUUUGUUGAGAAAACUUUUAUUGGAUUUUUUUGAAAAUCAUGAAACUUUAAAAUCAGAAUUUAUAAGAAAAAUUAUAUUUUUUAAAUACAGCGGUGAAAUUUAUCCGAUCCUUCAAGUUUUAAACAAAAAUCAUGUUGAUCAUAUUAAAGAAGUUUAUAAUUUUUAUAUAAAUUAUAAAACAUCAUGGGAAGAAAUUCAAAAUAUAUUCAAAAGAAAGAGUUUUUUAAUAAGCAUAUUUAAUCGUGUAACUGAAGAAAGUUAUGAAACAGUUGUAAAUUUCAUAAAAGAAGUUUUUCAAAAUAAUCUAGAACUUUUAAGAGAACUUAUUAAUGACAAUUGUGUUAAUUAUGAUAAAAUGUUUAACUUCAGAGAUAUGAAUAAGUUGAAAUUUUUUGAAAAAUUUGUGAUUGAUAAUCAAUCAAAUGCCAGAGAAUGUAUUAAACAUAUUUUGUUUGGUAAAGACGAUAAUCCACUUCAUAAAAUUAUCAAUAAUAAAGAUUUAAAUGAAUUGAAACUUUGCAUUGACAUGUUGAGGAAAUAUUCAGAUAAUUUGGAAGAAAUUCAAGAAUAUUUUAUAGAAAAUGAAAUUUCAUCAAUUUUUUUUGUAAACUAUAUGUCCGAUGAAAUAUAUGAAAUUUUGAAAAAAUUAUUACUUGAAGUGUUUUCAAAAAAUUUAAGAAAUUUCAAAAGAUUCAUUAAAAUUGCUGACAUUUCAGAAAUUAUCAAAAAUGAGGAAAAGUUUAAAUUACUUGAAAAUUUAAUUUUUGAAUAUUUUGAAAAUAAUGAACUUCUGUCCAAAGAUUUGAUUAACAGCAUUCUUUACUCAAAUUGUGAUGGGAAUCCGAUAGAAAUAAAUCAAGAUACACCAGCUUAUCAGUUCGAGAGAAUUAAAAAUAUUUACAUAAAGUAUAAAAAUUCAUGGGCUGAAUUUUUUGACAAAAUUUCAAAACUUCCGGAUGACACAUUUGAGUCUUUAAGGGAAUUUAUGAAGGAAGUUUUUGAAUCAAAUAGAGAUUUGAUCAUUAAAUGUUUUAGAAAAGAAUAUAGACAAGAAGUUAUCGGAAAUAAAGAAAACUACAAAUCAUUUAGGAUAUUUCUAAUUAGAUAUUUUGAAAGCAAUAAUGCUGCAGUCAAUCAAUUUCUUAAAGAAUUUUUGCAUAAUGAAUAUGAAGAUAGCCUGCAUCCAUUGCUUUCAGUUAUUAAAGAAAAUGAUUUUUAUAAAUGCUCAGCAGCAACUUGGGUAUAUUCAAAAUAUUCAGAUGCAUUUAGGAACGCCCUUUUAACAACCAAUCUUCUCUUUAAAAUUCUCUCCAGCCUAAGUCAUAAUGGAUAUGACUCAUUCGUAGAUCUUUUAAAAAUUACUUUUAUAUCUGAUAAAUCGGAAAUAGCUGAUUGCAUGAACAGUGAUGCUGAAUUAUUAAAUAUUUGGAAAAUUCAAAAUUUUGAUCAAUUUCAUAAAUUUUUGAUAGAUUUCUUUAAAGAUGACAAAGAGCAGAUAAGAAUUUGUGUAAGAAAAGUACUUUUUUACACUUAUGAAGCUAGCUGUCAUCCACUUGUGAAAGUUUUACAACAAAAUGAUUUAACAGAAUUUGAAAAACUUACCAAUCAUUAUAUAAAGUAUAAGGAAUCCGACGAGGAACUGCAAAACAUUUUAAUAACAAUAUUAAGUUAUAUUUUUAACAAUUUAACAAACGACACUUUUCCAUAUUUUUUAAAGUUUAUUAAUUUAGUUUUUGAAACAAAUUGCCAAAAACUUUUGAAAAUAUUAGAAGAUUUCAUGUCUGAAAAUGAAUUUGAAUGUCUUAGUGACGAUAAAAAGAAAUUUAUCGAAGAUUUUGUAAUGCUUAGUCAAAGACUAACUUAAAGACAUAUGAUUAUAUAGAAUUAAAUUAAUUUAAUUGAUUUUAAUUCACUUUUAUAUCCAAUAUUACAAGAUAAAAAAUAAAAUUAUAUUCAUUUAAUCUACUAAAUAGUUACUCAUUUAAUUUAAUCCAAAGCCUCAC